AUGGGCCGCGCAAAGAGGCAGACAGACCCUGGCAGCACCCCUAGACCCCCGGGACACGGGGGAGAUCAAACGAUCCGGUCAUACCUGCAGGCUGCGCCCCGGGCGCGGACACCGCAACGGGAGUUGGAGGCCGCAAGCCAGAUCAUAGAAUCACUCCCAUCCACACCAGCCAGGUUCUCCCCAACACUGUCAGAGUCACAGCAGCAGCAGCAAGAUGGUGAGUGGAGGGAUAUCAUACCCAACCUACUUACCAAGUCAGAUUUUGAGGCACUCUCAGACCGCAUUGGGCGGGUGGUACGCGAGGAGGUGGCCCAGCUGCGCGCCGACAUGGCGAACGUGGAGGCCCGCAUGGCGGUGGCAGAAACCGAGACCAGGGCACUGAGAACAGACUUAGAGCAAACUAACACAGCAGUUAUGACCCAAGAGGCAGAUAUAGCAUACCUCACCACGUGGGUUGACGAUUUGGAUAACCGCGGCCGCAGACUGAACCUGCGGGUCCGCGGGGUGAGAGAGGGGGGCCCCUCAGAGAACGUGCCAGAAGUGCUUCGGCAAAUUUUCACCCACAUACUGGGGGGCCAACAAGUACCCAGAAUUGGCCUGGUCCGCGCACAUAGGGCACUAAGACCCCUACCUGCGCCAGAAGAACAGCCCAGGGACAUCAUAUGCUGCCUCGACAACUAUCACCUUAAGGAAGAAAUACUACGCACAGCCCGCCGCAUGGGGGCCGUCCGCAUGGAAGGCCAGACUAUCUCCGUCUACCAAGAUUUAUCCAGAUACACCCUGCAAGCCAGGAGAGCCCUGCGCCCGGUGACAUCAGCCCUACAACAGGCAGGCAUCCAAUACCGCUGGGGCUAUCCGUUCUCGCUCUCUGCAAGGCACGGACAAGACCAACUCAUAGUCAGAAAGCCGGGAGACGUCCCGGGAUUCCUACGUAGUCUAGGCCUCCCACCACAACAGGUCCCAGAUUGGUUGGCAAGAUCGUUCCUCCAACAAGUACCAGGACCUCAAUUUCCACGCAGACCCAACGCAGGCCCACAAAGACCACAGCAACAGCGGCAACGGGACCGGAACCCGGGCCCAGCAAGGAGGGAGCAAUAA